AUGAAUUUGCGGGAGUACGCGUAUAACAUCAGCGACGAUGUAGAUGAUGAUAUUGAAAAUAGCAGUUAUGAAAUUGACGAACACAACGUAGAAGUUGAAGUAAACAUGAAAGAUGGAGAAGAAGGCAAAAUUGUUGAGGGACUUGAAGAUCAACACGAUGAAGUUGAAGAGGAGGAACCUGGAUCAAGUCAGGUAGUAGAAGACAAGAGUCAGGAGUCAAAAGCUGGCAAGAAUGAAGCCCCAAGAGAAUCGAUGAAGACUGUCUCUUAUACACAUCUAGAUGUGUAUAAGAGACAGGUACGUAAUGAAUGUGAAGAGAUAGAUGAUUCUUUGUGGGAUGUCACACCACCAGACGACAAAGAUAACAUCAGCGACGAUGUAGAUGAUGAUAUUGAAAAUAGCAGUUAUGAAAUUGACGAACACAACGUAGAAGUUGAAGUAAACAUGAAAGAUGGAGAAGAAGGCAAAAUUGUUGAGGGACUUGAAGAUCAACACGAUGAAGUUGAAGAGGAGGAACCUGGAUCAAGUCAGGUAGUAGAAGACAAGAGUCAGGAGUCAAAAGCUGGCAAGAAUGAAGCCCCAAGAGGAUCGAUGAAGAAGAGAAGUGUUGACAAACCAAACAAGGCUGUUAAAAAGGCAUGGGCCAAAAAAUCCAAGCCAGCUGAAAAGACUGGACCGAGCAAUGAGAUGAGCGAUGUUGACAAGAAGUUGCUAGAAAUAAUGAAAGGAACUGGAAAUGAAGAUGAAGCCGACAAUUUUGGGAAAAUAGUGGCAACAAAAAUGAGAAAGAUCAGCGAAGACGACAGGGGAGAAAUGGAAUUGAACAUCCUUAUGCUGUUUAACAACUAUCAUAAGAAAAAAUAGACCAUCAAAUCAUAUCUCUUCACUCCCAAAACUUAUUUCUUUUUUGUCUUCAAAUAUAAUGGUAUUUUUGUGUUUAGAUGUCUGACUGUAGUAUUAAAUUGUAUUACUUGUUCACUAAUAAAUUUACUUCAUCGUUAUUUUCUUAUGAAACCACAGAAAAAAAUUACC